AUUGUGGCUUUUUUUAGUUUUAUUUACAUCUCUAGUUCUGCAUGGCAUCGUGAGGCUGUUUUGCUCGGUUUUAAUGAUAUGGCAGCAGCCAAGUGAAACAGGAAGGAACGGCUUCUGUAGAAAAUCGAAAAGAAAAUUCUCUCGACCACGUAUUGCUGAAGGCAACACCAACAGAUUGCUGGGCAACUGAGAGUCCAUUAUUGAUAUUAAGGGAAUCAAGAGAACGGAUUAUAAGAAAUGACUGCUCAAACGGUUUACACAAAAGUCGCCGGGCUGGCCUUUUUUCCCUUCGGCACGGCCCCGAAUCUACCCAACCAGUACAUUGAUGAGCUGAGCUCUGGGAUUGGAGAGCUGCGCCAGCUGCUGUCAUGUGUGGUGUGCUGCCGACUGCUGGUGGAUCCAUUUGGGCCGAACGGGAAGGACUGCCAACACUAUGUGUGUCGACUGUUCGUAGGAGGACGCAAGCAGCUGGUGCCGCGGUGCAGCCAGUGCGAGGACUGCUUAGAUUUCGAGACAUACAAGGAGAAUCGUCCCAUGGCCGCACAGUUGCACUGCUACCAGGCGCUCUGUGCCCAUCUGCUGCUGCAGCCGUCUUCAAUGCUCAGACAGCUGGCUCGACAGUUUCCGGAUUUGAGCCAUGUGGCGCAGUGUCCGCGCAUCAGGCUGCCGCGCAUGACAACGAAGCAGUUCCUCAAGGAAGGGGCCGAAUAUGGUGGUACGCCGCCCACCACGGCGGCCGCCCAGACGCCGUCCUUUCAGAGCGAAGACUCCCAUCUCUCAGAAGCGCUCGAAAUUGGUCAAGUGUGUGGAAUAGAAGCGGCCCCACAGCCAGCUCCGUUGGCCAAAACGACAGCUGAGGUUGAGGUACUCCAGGAGAAUGUCAGGCAGGAGGAGGCAUACUGGGAGAAUGUCAGCGAUGACGAGGAAUACUUCGGGGAUGUCAGCCAGAAGGAGGCAUUCCUGGAGAAUAUGAGCGAGGAAACAUUUAUGGACAGUGUCACUCAGGAAGCAUCGCAGGAGAUUGUCAGCCAGGAUGUAUUGCAGGAGAGUGGCAGCCAGGCCACAUCUCGAGAGAGUAUCGCCGAGGAGUUAUACAAAGAGAUUACCAGCAGGAAGGCAUUGCAGGAGCAGAGUGCCUGGGAUGGGAUGUAUCAAGAGAUCCCCAGAUCCUCCGCAUCGCAAGAUAUUGACCUCCCGGAGGCAUCGCAACAGCUGAAUUCCAGCCAGGAGUAUACACCUUCCACCAAGUACAGGAAGAAAGACACGGAAAUGAAUCCUUUUAGUCAAGUUCGCGAUCAGGAACCUGUUUCUGUCCCUAAACCUACUCCCGCAGCUCGUCGCUGCUACAAGUCUGGCAAUACUUGUGCAAAUUGUCGCUGCUUUGGAUGCCAUAAUCCGCAUAAGACGGAUUUCCUCGAUUCCGAUGAUGAAGACGAAUUGGAAAACGUGCCGCCUCCAUUAACCCCCAGUCCCCAGAGCGAGAAGAAGGAGUUAGCGCCAACAGAAGCUGUAGCAACAGCAACAGAAACAAAGCAGACUGGCGUUUCUGCACCUGCGUUGGGUGGUUCCCAAGGCGAUUUAAAUUUAGUGCCCGUUAACAAUGUGGAACAGUCCCAACAUCCUUUGGUGCUCAUCGAGAAUGAGCUUGGGGAAUAUCAAGGUUUCAAUUUGUUCCAAGGCAGCGAACCGAUUGAUCCCGCCACAGUUGGCUUUCUGCGUGUCAAGAUGCAGAAUGGAACCGGGAAUCGGGAUCAGGAACCUGUUUCUGUCCCUAAACCUACUCCCGCAGCUCCCAAAGCUUUUCUUACCAAAGCGGCUCUCGAAUACUACGCAAGCACAGACACUCCCAGGAAUACGACGGGAUCGCCUCGUAAGAAGGCGGGAAACACAAAGACAAAGCCAUUGAAAACCAUAUGCCGCUGCGGAAUAAAUUCAAGUGCUGUCAACCAAAAGACCUGUCGCACUAGCCGCUGCCGCUGCUACAAGUCUGGCAAAACUUGUGCAAAUUGUCGCUGCUUUGGAUGCCAUAAUCCGCAUAAGACGGAUUUCCUCGAUUCCGAUGAUGAAGACGAAUUGGAAAACGUGCCGCCUCCAUUAACCCCCAGUCCCCAGAGCGAGAAGAAGGAGUUAGCGCCAACAGAAGCUGUAGCAACAGCAACAGAAACAAAGCAGACUGGCAUUUCUGCACCUGCGUUGGGUGGUUCCCAAGGCGAUUUAAAUUUAGUGCCCGUUAACAAUGUGGAACAGUCCCAACAUACUUUGGUACUCAUCGAGAAUGAGCUUGGGGAAUUUCAAGGUUUCAAUUUGUUCCAAGGCAGCGAACCUAUUGAUCCCGCCACAGUUGGCUUUCUGCGUGUCAGGAUGCAGAAUGUCAACUCCAUCAGCCAGAUUUCUCAGUAUGCGUAUGUGAUACCACCUCCUCCAGUGGUGCCUUAGGCAGCUCCAUCCGCCAUCAAAAGGAAUGCACGUCUCCAACGCCUUUAGCAAUGCUUCUGCUACCGACCGAUUGUCGGCCACUGACUGUUCGCGGAGAUCAUGUCCAGUUCGCGUGAUCCAUAUUUUUUUUUUUUUUUUUUUUGUUUUUGCAAGUUCUUGAACGAUGGUAAAAUCUUGUAAUGCGUUGCUCCAAGUUCGUCGAAAAAGUGUUAGCCUAAAAACUAAAACCAAAACACUUUUUUCAUAGCUGAAGUACAGUGUUUUUUCUAGGAUAAGAGACUUUUUUUGAACAUGAAAUUUUUUUGAGCACGUGAAAAUAAAUAUUAAUAACUAACUAUAUAAUAUGCGUAACAUAUGUAUACCGUUGGGGGUUUUAUAUAAUAAUAUAUUUAAAAUGCACCACUAUCCAUACAGUACACUGUAGGUUGAAGGUAUAUUUAUACACCGUAAAUACAAUGUAUAUAUAAUAAGGAAAGGACACUAAAGAAAGAAUGGAAGGAAGGAAAUAUAUAAAGG